GUCGGCUCCAAACAUGGCUUCCAGGUUGGAGAUAAAUUUCAUCCGGCUGUUGUCCCGCUGUGAAUCCAUCGCCUCGGAGAAGCGAGGGGAGGAGGAAUGGAGGCUGGAGAAGUAUGUUGGUGCUCUGGAGGAGAUGCUGGUGGCUCUGAGGAAAAGCCUCAGCAAACCUACAGGAGAAGUCCUGACUGAUUACUCCAGAAAAGUCGACUUCCUGAAAGGACUCCUGGAGGCUGAGAAACUGUCUUCACCCACAGAAAAAGCUUUAGCCAAUCAGUUCCUUGCUCCCGGGCGAAUGCCCACGAUAGCCAAUGAGAGGAUGCCCGCCACUAAGACUGUCCACAUCCAGACGAAGGCCCGGUGCACGGGGGAGAUGAGGAACGAGCUGCUGGGCACGGUUUCAUCAGGCAAUGGAACAUCAGAGACGGAUUUAAGAAACAGAAGGGGUCUUCCUCUGGAUGAGCGCCAGUCGGCUGCAGAGCUGGACGCCGUCCUGCAGCAUCACCACAACCUGCAGGAGAAGCUGGCCGAGGACAUGCUCAACCUGGCCCGGAACCUGAAGAACAACACCAUGGCUGCACAGAACAUCAUCAAACAGGACAACCAGGUUCUGAGUCAGUCCAUGCGCCAGGCGGACCUGAACUUUGAGAAGCUGAAGACGGAGUCGGAGCGACUCGAGCAGCACACCAAGAAGUCUGUGAACUGGCUGCUGUGGCUGAUGCUCGUCCUGGUCUCCUUCACCUUCAUCAGCAUGAUCCUCUUCAUCAGAAUCUUCCCCCGACUCAGAUGAUGGCCGCAGACAGUCCUGAACUCUUUUCAGUCCGGCGCUCUCCCGUGUAGUUAGGACAUGGCUCUCUGUAGAUCUCCACCUCCUCUAGUGUCUGUGCGUGUGAUGCAGUUCAGGCUGAAGGACUGAAGAGUUUUUGCACUUUUUUGAAACUGAAACUCUUCCUCUAAACAGGCGGAUGAAAGAAAGAUGUAGAUGCAGAAACUGGUUUGGAGCGUCAGCGGUCAUUUUUUUUUUAAAAAACAGGACAGAACAUGAAUCGAGGCUACGUGACACUCGCAACACAAUCUGAACACCGAGACAGCCGAGACUGAGCCUUAACUCCUUUAGUCCCUCAUCAGCUCGGCCUCCAGCUCGUCUCCGUCUGCCCCCCCCCCCCACGCGCUGGGACUCAAGUCACUCAGUGUCUGUCAAACUUAUUUCCCAUAAAACGUGUGUAGCACAUUGUAUAUUAUAGAGUUUACGAACCGUCCACCAUCAAGUGCAUGUCACCCUGGUUACCCACAAUUUAACAACCUGAUUUCUGAUCUGAAACACUUUGGUUACACGUCACUCUAACUCCCCUGUUAAGUGUUUAUUAAUUGUUGAUAUACGUGUUUAAUGAAAGGUUUAUUACACAGUGUGAGCAGAUACAGACAUUCGAAGCGUGCUUUAAGAUCUAUUUUGCACUUUUACAACUCGAUGAUAUUGUCAUUGUCUGUCAAUACAUCAGCCUCCAUGUGUGGGGGGGGGACUCGCAGUUGAAUAAACAUACAUUUAUAAAAAUGUAUCUAUUUGCAGCUGUGUUAUAAUGUGUGUAAACCUGGGAGAUGUUAAUAGAAUGCCUUUGAAUGUUAAAGUGAAGUGUUACCACUUGUUUCUCUUAAACAAAAUAUCAUUACAAAUUACACUUACACAAUUUCUUAAAUCUGCUGGUUUAAGAUUUUUUUUUAAAGAUUCAUUGUCAACAGUUUUUGGAUGUUGUGAUAUUAGAUUUAUUUCAUGACUCCACAUGUUUCCAUCACGCUCAGUCCUGUUCGUCGUCUCAGAGUCUGUUUGGUUCGGUGGCUGAUUCUGUAAAUGUUCGUCCGGUGAUGAUGUAGUUUGAUGAUGAUGAUGCUGAAGAAGUACGUGUCUUCCAUCCCUGCUUUCGGGAGGAGCUGGAGAAAGACCCAGUGGACAUUUGUGCGAGAGGAAGGUUUUGUUCUCAUUAAAUGAGUGUAACCUCUCA